AUGAGGCCCUCUCUCUUCAUCGCCAUCUACUUGACAUCAGUAGCGCAGGUUGCGCUCUGUCAAAAGGUCUACAUCAAUCAAGUCCCCGAAUACUCCCAACUACCUGCGUGUGCUGAGGUUCCCCUGAGCACAAUUGUUCGGAAUAUGGUUUCGGGCUGUGGCGACAACCACCAGACAACAUCAUACGGCUGCUUCUGCGUCUCCAGUUCUGCAAAAUUCGACAGGGUUAUCGGCACCGCCGUGGCGUCGCGCUGCACUGAUAGCCCUCAAGAGGCUGCCGCGAGUGCCCUUUCUGUCUUUGACAACUACUGUCACCUCUUGUCAGUGCCAGCUGACAACACGGCGACUGCAACAGCGCCUGCAACUGGAACUACACAGGGCCCAACAAUCGUGGUCAAUUCAUCAGUGACAUGGCAGACUUAUACGCCUGUCAGGACACAGGCGCCAAUCCCGUCUUUGUCUGCAGCGGCGUCGAAUCGGACCAACAUACUUGCGGUGUUGGCAGAAAUUGUCUGUAUUGGGAUGUUGUUCAAUCUUCUUAUGUGA